GGCUAAUCGAAGUGCAUGACGUCAUUUCCGCUCGUGUCUUGGCAGGGAGGAGGCGGGGUGCUGAAAUGACAUUCGGCCCCACCAACCAAAGCAUAUUUCCCGGAGCCACGUUGAUUAGGAUCAAUAAAGCGCUCUUGACAUCCGUCUAGAAAGACGGAGACACAUAUUUGCCAGAUAGCUGGCUAAACACCUUACGGCAAAAUGGCGGCGGGCACUGUCAACCCGUUUAACGUGAGUGAUUCGGAGGAGGAAGCGGAGCAGAGGCAGGAUUGCGCGGACACCGAGCGCAGCCCUAGUGAUGAAGCGCAAGGCCACAGACUCGGUCCCUUCUCCCCGCCGGCGUACUCCGAGCCAGCCGCUCUGCUGUCCAGCAACCGAACCAGCCCGAGUGUGGACGGUAUCCCCGCGUCGGCCGCGGCGGUGGCUGGGAUCGGAGGAGGAGGCGCGGAGACUCGGGUGUCGCUUGAUGCGAUCGCCGCGCAGCUGCUCCGGGAUCAGUACAUCCUCACGGCCCUGGAGCUGCACACCGAGCUCCUGGAAGCCGGACGCGAGCUGCCUCGCCUGCGGGAUUAUUUCUCCAAUCCAGGCAACUUCGAGCGGCAGAGCGGAACUCCACCCGCGUGCAAAGAGCAAGGUGUCGGUCCUGGAGGUCCGCUCAAUCGAGCUGGCAGCAUCAGUACAUUGGACUCCUUGGAUUUCGCCCGUUAUUCAGAUGAUGGCAACAGGGAGUCAGACGAAAGAGUGGCAGUUCUGGAGUUUGAACUGCGGAAAGCCAAGGAGACCAUUCAGGCUCUUCGUGCCAACUUGACUCAGGCUGCAGAAUGUGAGAUUCCUUCUCAAGAGAGAAAAAACUACAAAUCCAGUCCUGAAAUUCAGGAACCUAUUCGCCCUCUUGAAAAGAGAGCCUUAAAUUUUUUAGUUAAUGAGUAUUUAUUGAAAAAUGAAUAUAAGUUAACAUCCAUCACAUUCUCUGAUGAAAAUGAUGAUCAGGAUUUUGAGUUGUGGGAUGAUGUGGGUCUAAACAUUCCCAAACCUCCAGACCUAUUGCAGCUCUACAGGAACUGCGGGAACAGCCUGCCGUUGCAUCGGGAUACUGUGGAUGUGGCGGUCAAUGUGGACCCAAAUGACUUGCCAGGAGACUAUUUUACCCAGGAACCUGUGCAGCAAACUGAGGCUAUACAGCAGCAGCAAGAGGAAGUGGUUCAGGAGCUGGAAUAUCAGAUCAGCCUGCUGAACAGUGAGAAACAGAGUCUGGCUGAACAGAUUAAAAAGCUCCAAAGUGAUAUCCAGGCGCUUCAGAGGAAUGUUUCAUCAGAACCCACAUCUGCAGUGAAGUCGACUCAGUCUAAAGAAGACACUCCAUGUGGUAAACCCCCCCUAGACAAUGGACAGUAUUUGGAUAUACGAGGGGUCACAGAAACUGACAGCUCCUCGGAUGCCAACACUACAAAGACCUCAGCCACUACUGCUACUACUGACUGCACUGAAAGCACCACUACUGCUACACAACCUCACAGCAAACUAAAGUCUCAGAGUCAGCAGGGUAAAACCUCUGUGCAAUUUGACCAGCCCAACAGAAAGCUGUCUCCGGCCUUCCACCAAGCACUUUUGUCCUUCUGUCGAAUGUCUGCUGACAGUAGGCUGGGCUCAGAGGUGUCUCGAAUAGCUGACAGCGAGCAGAGCGUCAUGCUCAUGCUGGGCCGCUGUCUGCCACACAUCGUACCCAAUGUCCUGCUGGCCAAGCGAGAGAGAAUGGUUGUGCACCUUUGUCAGGAGUUGAUUCCUCUCAUUCUGUGUACGGCCUGCCUGCAUCCCGAGCCCAAAGAAAGAGACCAGCUACUGCACAUCCUCUUUAAUCUUAUCAAGAGACCUGACGAUGAGCAGAGGCAGAUGAUUCUGACCGGGUGUGUGGCAUUCGCCCGACAUGUGGGUCCCACUCGGGUGGAAGCUGAACUCUUACCACAGUGCUGGGAACAGAUCAACCACAAGUAUCCAGAGAGAAGACUUCUGGUGGCGGAAGCAUGUGGAGCUCUGGCCCCUUAUUUACCCAAGGAGAUCCGAAGCUCUCUGGUUCUGUCCAUGCUCCAGCAAAUGUUGGCGGAAGAUAAAGCCGAUAUGGUCCGAGAGGCUGUGGUGAAAAGUUUGGGCAUCAUAAUGGGCUUCAUUGACGACCCAGACAAAUACUCCCAGGGCUUUGAGCUGAUGCUGUUGUCUCUGGGCGACCCAUCAGAGAGGGUGGUCAGUGCAACCCACCAAGUGUUCAUUCCUGCCUUCGCUGCCUGGUGCACAGAACUGGGCAACUUACAGUCCCAGCUCAUCCCCUCCCUCCUCACACGCAUUGAGAAGCUGCUCAAGCAGGGUGAAUAUGGUCUAGAUGAACACAAGCUGCAUAUGUAUCUGUCGGCGCUUCAGUCCCUCAUCCCGUCUCUAUUUGCGGUGCUGCUUCAGAACGCCCCCUUCACCAGUCGAGCCAAACUACAGGGAGACGUGCCUCCAAUCGAGGUGACCCGGUUCCCGCGGCCAGCCUCCCCGUUGCAGGACAUGGCCACCAUCAUGGGCAGCCGAGAGCAGUUGGCAGUUCUGCUGCAGUUAUUUGAUCAUCAGCUCCAGCAUGAAGGAACUACAGGAUGGGACAGUUUGCUCUGGGUGGUCAACCAGUUUUUACCACAGCUUAUAGAGAUUGUAGGACGCAUCAACGUCACCUCAUCCACCUGUGUGCACGAGUUCUCCAGGUUCUUCUGGAGAUUAUGCCGAACGUUUGGGAAAAUCUUUACCAACACUAAGGUAAAACCUCAAUUCCAAGAAAUCCUGCGGCUAUCUGAGGAGAAUGUGUACGCCUCCGCAGGAAACGGCAUCCUUACAAAGGCUACGGUGCCGAUCUAUGCAACCGGAGUCCUGACGUGCUACAAUCAGGAGGAGGACCGUAAACUCUUGGUUGGCUUUCUUGAGGAUGUCAUGACCACGCUCUCUCUCUCCCAUGCUCCUCUUGACAGUCUAAAGGCUUCAUUUGUAGAGCUGGGGGCAAACCCAGCGUAUCAUGAGCUUCUACUGAUGGUGCUUUGGUAUGGAGUGGUCCAUACAUCUGCACUGGUACGCUGCACCGCUGCACGCAUGUUCGAGCUGUUGGUGAAGGGGGUGAAUGAAACUCUAGUAGCUCAGAGAGUUGUUCCAGCACUUAUCACUCUCUCCAGUGAUCCUGAAAUAGUAGGACCCAACGCAGAGCCACGCUUCAGAGAUGAAUUUGUUCUUCCUCAUUUGCACAAACUGGCUCUGUGCAACAACCAGCAGACAGUGGAGAGUAAAAGAAUUGACAUUGCUACUCAACUGUUUGAGGCAUACAGCGCCUUAUCCUGCUGUUUUAUUUCUGAAGAACUCAUGGUGAAUCAUUUCCUCCCUGGACUGAGAUGUUUGAGGACAGAUAUGGAGCAGCUCUCUCCGGAGCAUGAGGUUAUUCUCAGUUCCAUGAUAAAGGAGUGUGAAAUAAAGGUGGAGAACAAAGGCAUUGGAGAGGCACAAGGGUCCAUCUCUAUUGCAGCAAGUCUGGUGGGUGAGGACGCAAAGACCAAGUUUCUAAGUAAGAUGGGCCAGCUGACCACCUCAGGUGCCAUGCUGGCGAAUGUUUUCCAGAGAAAGAAAUGAGAGCUGUUUUGGGUGUUUCCCAUGAACCCUCCACUUUCUGGGAUCUCCUACUUGAAGUCAGUCGUCUGCCUUUCUUUUGUUUGUCUUUGAUUUGAUAGGCUAUAUUUUUAACAUAUUUAUGUCUUAAAUGUUUUCCAGCCUCCAAAGAAAUUUG